GCAGCACGACAGCUGGCAGCGGCUUUGACGGUCUGGCGCAAGGAAGGCGAUCGGCAGCUGCAGACCUCAAACACCAGCCUGCAAGGUUUGGCACGCCAGUUGUGCCGAGCAAACUGCUGCUCCCAGUACGGGCGAGCUCUGAGGCACUUUCACGUUCAUCGUCAGCACCAGGGAGCUCACGUACAAAGCGAGGGCCGAGCCAGGCUGCUGCUGAUGGUGCUUCACUAUUCCUGA